AUGGACUUCCUGAACGUGUUAAGGCGUUUUGCUUUCGGACGUGACAAGAAUUUGGUAGCGGGACAAAAGGCCCUCGAGCGCAUUCAAGAGCUACUACUAGAGACCAUUGCCAAGUACGACGGCGUUCCUCAGGCCCUUACACUCGAAGAGAUUGCGCCUAUUAAAGUGAUUUGCGACCAACUCGUCUUAGCUAAUUUCCAAUUAACGGUGCCAAGCUCACGAGACAGCGGACCGAAACGCCCCAUGCGCGUGCAUUACAAACACGUCUAUGAAGACAAAAUGGUUUCAAUCGGGAUCUUUAUCUUACCACCGGGUGUGUCGAUUCCAUUGCAUGAUCAUCCACGGAUGAGUGUCAUUACGCGUGUUUUGUACGGAUCGAUGCAUGUCAAGACUUACGAUCUUAUUAAGCACGAUGGAUUACCAAACGACAAGAAACACAUGGCACGUCUCUGUAUGGACAAGGUCGCGACGGCUCCGCACACGAUGGAGCUGCUGCCAGACUACGGUAAUCUCCAUCAACUCGUCGGUGGUGAUGACAUUGGUUGUGCAUUCUUAGACAUCAUCACACCGCCCUACGAUUCCAACAAAGAACGUGACUGUACCUAUUAUCGAGUCAUCAACUCGAUUGCGAACCCAGAGGAUGUAAGCGAAAAGCUCGUCGAGCUCGAGUCGUACGAGCCAAAGGACUUUGACGUAAUCUUAGAGACAUACUAUGGUCCUCACUUGUAA